GAAAUACCAACGGGGAACAUCGGGUCUGAAUGAGCAGAAAUUCAGUUUUUAAAAAACAAGUGAGAAGAAAUGUUUGCAGCGAUAAUCACAACCUUGACUCUGUCCGUCUGUGCAAUGGGUGUAAAUGCAGGGACAGUCCUGAUCCAAUCACCAGGAGUUGCGAAGGUGCGUGAAGGUGGAACGGUGCUGAUACAGUGUGUCCUGGAGAGCAGUAAUGUGAAUGACAUUGUGGAUAAAUUCACUGUACACUGGUACAACUCACACAAUAAACUGACAGAUAAAGGAAUUGUCCUUUCUCUUUACACUGAUGGCGGAGUUUACAGGUCACGGGGCUUCUCCGAUCGAUUUCAGCUUUCCAGGAAUGUCACCACUAACAGCUACUCACUGACCAUCAGCGAUGUGAUGGUCACCGACCCUAAACUUUACAUCUGUGGCAUUUGGGGGACGGUCUUUGGAAAUGGAACCCAGCUGAAUGUGACCAGUGCAGAUGUUCCUGUCCUUAUCCAGUCCCCGAGCGUACAGCGUGUCACUGAGGGUCACACGACGUGGUUAUGGUGUACCAUGAGCAAAGCCAGGCUGGAAGACACCGACGUCCACUGGUAUCGGAAACUACCUGGGCAGGACAUGGAGUGGGUUUUAACACACAGGGCAGGAGGCAGCCCAGAGUGGGGACAGGGUUUCACUGGGAGGGUCCAGUCCUACAGAGACACGUCCAACAGCAGCUUCACCCUGACAGUCACAAACGUGGUGCACAAUGAUUCUGCCGUCUAUUACUGCAGAGUGUGGGGAGACAUCGAUGGGAAUGGCACCCAGCUCAUCGUAACCAAAGCAGAUGAAGGUGUGUCUUGGAAAGUCUUGGCCAGUAUUCUCGCCAGUAUCCUUGUACUGGUCAUCUUAGUAACAGCAAUAUGCUAUGUGAAAAAAUGGGCAUGUUUUCAACAGAGAUUGACGCCCAAAGGGUGCUCUACUGAAGAUCAGAAUGCAGUGUAUGCCACAGUUACAGCUGAAACCGAGGUGAAUACACAGGCAGCCACAAAUGUUACUGCAUCAGAGCAAUCAGAGAUAUGUUAUGCUGAUAUUCAGUUCCUACGGCAAGAGACAGCUCCAAAAUUUAAAGUCACUGAGGAAACAGCUGAAUAUGCCGUCAUCAAACGUGACCAGUGACUAAAAAUAAUUCUUCAGCAGCAGCAGGUUAUUAAAUAGGUGUGUGCUUCUUGCUGGUAAAAAUCAGCACGCAGGACUCCGGAACUUCAUACCUCCCAACUUCCACCAACUACAACGUGAUCCUACAAUCACCACAUCCUCCCCUCCCCACCCCUUUCUGCUUUCCACAGGGAUCACUCUGUCUACAACUUCCUGGUCUGCCAUCUCUCCCCACCCAUUUCUUCCCAUCUCCAGGGGCUUCCCCUGCAACUGCAGGAGAUCAAACCCAUCACAAAUUCACAGUCAAACAGAAUGGAAACAGGCCAUUCAGCCCAUCUGGUCCAUGUUGACCAAAAUUCCCACCUAACCUAGUUCCACUUCUCCAUGUAUGGCUCAAAUCCAUCCAGACUUUUCCUAUCUGUAUACCUGUCCAAAUGACUUAAAUAUUAUUAAUGUACCUGCCUCAACCACUUGCCCUGGUAGUUCAUUUCAUAUACUGACCACUCUCUGGCUAGAAACAUUGCCCCUCAGGUUCCUGUUGAACCUCUCCCCUCUCACCUUAAACCUGUGCUCUCUAAUUCUGAGAAAAAAGGCAGAAGAUAAUCCUCCAUCUCCUCUUUUUAGUUGAAUGAUACCUUUCCUACAACAAAACUCCAAAUGUUGAUUCACUUCCACGUCCACCCUCAGUACCAUCCAGGGCCUGAAACAGCCCUUCCCCUAUGAGGUGGGCAUUACUGCAUCUCCUCCAGCGUUAGUGGUUGCACCUGGGCCUCCUCUACAUCAGUGAGAACAGGUACAGACGGGGUAAUCGCUUUGUUCAACACCUACAUUCCUUCCUCCAGAAAUGACCCAUUUAUGUCUGUCUCCACUACCUGACAAUCCUUUAAAAUUGUGCAGUAUCUGUGCUUAUUGAAUGGCUUCUGAAACUCCAAAUACAAUGAAUAGACUGGAUCAGAUUUACCCUGCUUCCUACAUCCAUAAAGGAUGGACUGAAACAUUUUCUAAGUGUCCUGAUCCGACUUGGGAAAAUGGAGCCCCCAUCCGUUGAUCUGGGUCGACCAUGGAUGUUGCAUUCCAGCUGUCUACGUUGGAUACACACGCCAGUCAGAAAGCCACGACAGUACGAUAUGGAGAGUAAGUUGUUGCCUGGGCAGUGGGUUCCCCCUCUCCACACAGCACAUAAAUCCAAAUGAACAGCAGAGACCGAUACCGUUCAGCACCAGUGGUGUCGCAGGAGUUGCCUGUCAGCAUUGAGCUCAAUGUAGUGGCCUUAAAAACUCCAGAUCUGGAUUUUCAUCAGUGUUACUCCCGAUGAUUUCCCCAUGAGUGGGUACAGUCGUGAGGCAGCAGAGGUUUGAGAUCAGAGUUUUCCUUCUCUAUGAACUGCCAACUUCAGCUGACAAGCCCCAUCUUCCUGAAGCGAUUGGUUUUAAGGUGGCAGUAAACUGCCCUUACCCCUUCUCCUGUCAGUAGAAAUGCUUUCACUGGACUCAGUAGCUGAGGCACAGGUGAGGACGAGAAGAUGGACUUGUUGGUCAGAGGCUAUUUGAAAUGUACGACAUUGGGAGAGUUUAAUUGUUAGUGGGAGGUUAUCCACACUGCCACCCCCACCAAGACGGCUGUGACAACCUUAAAGGAACCUAGGAAAAUGGAUAUCAUUUUCAAAUUUUACAGAAUAUUUUGCUAAUUAAUUACAGACAAACCCCAUAUUUUGGGGUGGGGGCUGUUGGGAAGUUGCAUUUGUAGAAGACAGAACAUAUUGCCAAUUUCCUUUAAUGUAAAACCUUGUCAAUGCUUUAAGAAAGUGGGCGACACUUCUUCAGCUCAGUUAGUGCUGUAAUAUGAGGCAUAUAUUCUGCUUUUAGAUAACAAGUUUACUCCCUCGAUUUAUAUUGAGUAAAAAAAUGCAAAGUAUUAAU